GUUCACGACAAGGUGGAUCCCAAGUUUUUAGAAUCAUCACAUUAUGCAUAGCUGGACCUGCAGCCGUCUUUGCAAUUGUGAUGGCAUGCUGCGUGUGCUACAAGGACAGACUAGUGAACAACAAUGGCAACAACGCUAUUGCGAGGUCUGCAGGAACUACAAUAUCACCAUUACCGCAAGAAGAGAGUGUGAGUAGGGGUCUGGACGAGUGGACGAUUGAGUCUUACGAGAAGGUAGUGGUUGGAGAGAGUAGACGAGUUCCUGGACCGAACGAUGGAUGCUGUUGGAUAUGCUUGUCGGAGUACAAUAGCAAAGAGACAGUAAGAUGCAUCCCUGAAUGCAACCACUGCUUCCACGCUCACUGCAUAGACGAGUGGCUUCGCAUCAACUCCACAUGCCCAGUUUGUCGCAACUCUCCCUCACCUUCUCCUCUUCAUCUUACUUCUUGAACCAUCAUCCAUCUUCUCUUCUCAUCUCUACACCUCAUCUACUUAACUCUUAUUACUUUUCUUUUCUAUAUUUCUAAACUUUAAUAUGUUAGCUACAUAUUAGUCACAAUUUGACAUCUAGUGCUUUCAACUUGUCUGGUAAUUUCUCCUUACAUUGUUUUCACCUCCCUCCCUUUCCCCUCUUUCAUAAACAACUACUAUAUGUAAUACUCUUUUGGCUUUUUUAUUUUAUAUUUUUUGUACAAGGAAUAAAUUUUAUAUUAUCA